AUGCCUCAAUCAUCCGCAGAACAAAAACAGUCUGCGGAUGAGAAGCCGGAACAAGCACUGAAGCUCUGCGAGAUUUGCGCAGACAGGAAAAAAUCGGACCAGAUUCUCGCCGUCGGAGCGUGCACCCACGCCGCCUACUGCGUCGACUGCAUAUCCCGCCACGUGGCGACCAAAAUCGGGCAGAGCGCGGCGACCGUCAUCACCUGCCCUGCUCCGGGAUGCGGGACCGCAAUCGAGCUCGACUCCUGCCGCGCUGCUCUCCCCAAGGCGGUGAUCGAGCAGUGGGAGGAGGCCCUGUGCCGGAACUCGAUCGGAGAGUCGCAGAGGUUUUACUGCCCCUUCAGGGACUGCUCGGCGAUGCUUGUGGCGGCGGAGGCAGAGGCGGAAUCGAUCAGGGAGUCGGAGUGUCCGUACUGCCACAGGUUGUUCUGCGCGCAGUGUGGCGUGGCGUGGCACUCCGGCGUGGACUGCGAAGGGUUCCAGCGGCUGGGGCAGGACGAGCGAGGCAGGGAAGACAUUAUGGUGAUGGAGAUGGCGAAGAGCAACAAGUGGGGGCGGUGCCCGAACUGCAGAUUCUACGUCGAGAGGACGGAAGGCUGCCCUCACAUCACUUGCAGGUGCAAUUAUGAAUUCUGCUAUGGGUGUGGAGAGAUGUGGAGCUCCAAUCACGGCGGGUGUACCAGAGACUGA